UUACCUUGACUUUUACAGAAAUUUUCAGUCACCCAGUGAUUUCAUGGCCAAAAGCGCGUGACUGACCAUCGAGUUUGUGUCAGCUGACUUUUCUGCUUGGAUAUCACACAUCAAAAUGUCUGGAAAGGAUAGACUGGCAAUUUUCCCCUCUCGGGGGGCUCAGACGAUGAUGAAGUCUCGUCUGACAGGUGCACAGAAAGGACACAGUUUGCUAAAGAAGAAGGCUGAUGCUCUACAAAUGAGGUUCCGUCUCAUUUUAAAUAAAAUUGUUGAAACUAAGACUUUGAUGGGGGAGGUGAUGAAAGAAGCCGCUUUCUCUCUUGCCGAAGCUAAAUUCACUACUGGUGAUUUUAAUCAAGUUGUUCUGCAGAAUGUGCAGAAAGCUCAAAUAAAAAUCCGUUCAAAGAAGGACAAUGUUGCUGGUGUCACUCUGCCUGUGUUUGAAUGCUACCAGGAUGGUACUGACUGCUAUGAGCUGGCUGGUCUUGCUCGGGGUGGACAGCAGCUUGCCAAGCUAAAGAAGAACUACCAGGCAGCUGUCAAACUACUGGUUGAACUUGCUUCUCUUCAAACUUCUUUUGUUACUCUUGAUGAAGUAAUCAAAAUCACAAAUCGCCGUGUUAAUGCCAUUGAGCACGUUAUCAUUCCUCGCAUUGAGCGCACUCUGCAAUACAUUAUCUCAGAGCUUGAUGAGUUAGAGCGUGAAGAAUUUUACAGACUAAAGAAGAUUCAGGACAAGAAGCGCAUUGCUCGGAAAAAGGCUGAAGCCAUCCUUGCGGAUAUGAAACUCAAGGGAGUUGAUGUUCAUGGAAAUAACAUGCUUGAUGAAGGCGAUGAAGAUUUACUCUUCUAAGAGAGUAUGGUGCCACAUCAAAUCAGUAUUGGUUUUCACAAACUGGGUAUUUAGUACCAUCUUAUCAUUGCAGUGGUUUGUUCUUUGGUAGGAGUUUUGUUGGCAAAGUGUAACAUUUGAGUAUAUAGAUUGAACGCUUCAACCUUGUAAAUUUCAUCCAGUUUUGUUCAGAGUUCAAGUAUGCUCUUUAAUAUCUUGUAUAUGUAAAUUCAUAGAAGAUGUCUCAUCUAAAUGGAAUUUAAAAUUGUUAUCUGUAAAUAUGUUGAAUAAAGGAUACUCACAUCAGAGCUUAAUUUCAAAAAAAUUAUCUCUUAUGAGUUCUAGAUUUUCAUAUUAUGUUGCUUGUAAAUAGAAAAUUUAAAUGUUUAUUGGCAGUCAUGGAUAUUCAAAAUCAACUAGAAGUAGUCCGUAUAAUUUUGCCUGUAGAAGGUUCAUUCAGCUAGAGUGAAAUUUAUUUGUACUUAUAAGUUGAGACAAUUACAGUUUGAAUGUAUUUGAUUUGUCUCUGUUAUUGCUUUGAAACUAAUUUUUGUCAGGUUAGUUAAUGGGAAUCUGCCCUGUGGUAUAAUUCAAGAGUUUUUGACAUUCCAUUUUGUAUACCAUUCUAUUAAAUGUAGACCUAUGAAUGUUAACACAAAAACCCAAUGCCUGUAUUUUACAACAGCAAGCCUUAAAUUGUUUGUGUCAUGCCUACUUUUAUGAACCACAGCUUAUAUAAUGUUUAUGUUGAAGGCUUUUUUGUGAUUUAUGCCAUCUGUGCGUCAUUUUUUGAGGAUAAGAAAGCAUUUUUGGCCUGAAACAGACUUUUGGUAAUUUUUUAUUAUCUUUGGUUUUGGAAUGGAAUUAAUCAGUUCUAAGGGUUUAAGUUUGAUAAACCUGUGAGGGCCUGUAUUCUAGAUAAUAAUGUUUGUUGAUAUUUUAGUUUAUCAUUAUAGUACCCCAAACUCUCCAUGCCCUUGUAAGUGAGAUCUGCUGUGUUAAUAGGCGAUGAUCUUUUGUGUUUUUGAAACAAAUCUAAUUUGCAUACAGCUUAUCCCACCCAUUCCUCCCAUAAAUGUGUGUAAGGAAAUCAUAAUACUCUCUUUUAAGGGAAUCAAAAAAGUCACACCGAGAGGUAUAUUCAUUCAAUGCAAUAAAAGUGACUCCACAUGUACUUCUUUUUUUUUCUAUUGUCCGGACAACAAAAUGAAAUAUAUGUUUUAACUGAUUUCA